AUGUCUUUCAGAGGUGCUCCCCGGGGCCGCGGAGGCGGUUUCGGUGGACGCGGAGGAGGACGCGGAGGCGGAUUCCAGCAGCGCGACAUGGGCCCUCCGGCCACUGUACUCGAGAUUGGCAAGUUCAUGCAUGCCUGCGAGGGCGAGAUGGUGGUCGAGUCGACGAAUCCCAAGAUCCCCCACUUCAACGCGCCCAUCUACCUCGAGAACAAGACAUCAAUUGGCAAAGUCGACGAAGUCCUCGGCCCAAUCAACCAAGUCUACUUCACCAUCAAACCCUCCGAGGGGAUCCAAGCAACCUCCUUCAAGCAAGGCGACAAGUUCUACAUCUCGGGCGAGAAGCUUCUGCCACUGGAA